ACAUAUGAGGUGCAGAAUGCUUUCCCAUUUGAGCACAGCCAAGACAGCCACAAAGGGUGCACUACAACUGCCCCUCAGCUACCCCCACCAUGUUUGCGGUAUGCGAAAAUGGCACAGGAGACGGGCUUUUCCACGACAUACAAGUACGAGCCCUUGCAAACCGGCCGUCAUAUACGUUUGCUAGAGAUCACAGGCAGCACCGAAGCUGGAAGAUACGGCACGUCGCAAACCACGUACCAACUCAUCCACGCAGAACUGCCUUCCGACGACACACCCUUGCAAUUUGAAGCCGUGUCAUACACCUGGGGAGAUGCUACACAGGUAUCUGGACUCCAAUUCGAAGGCGUGCCAGGCCAUAUUGGCCUCACAUCAAACUUGACGCAUGCCUUACCACACCUGGCCCGUCACUCAGCAACAAAGCGCCUUUGGAUCGACCAAAUUUGCAUCAAUCAAUCGGACAAUGAUGAGAAGUCUGCGCAAGUAGGACUGAUGUCUGAGAUUUACAAGAAGGCUACCCGCACUAUCAUCUGGCUGGGACCAAGCGACGAGGGUAGCGAGCUGUGCAGAGAAUGGCUCGACGCAAUCAACCACUUUUUUUCUACUUCGGACAACUGUAGAAGAAUGACACCUAGUAAUUUGGAUUACAAUACGGAUCGGAGAAACGCCGGUUUACAAAGGGAGCUCAGUGAUGCCGACGCCGAUCCUAAAUAUGCGCGUGCAAUCGGUCGCUUCUGGAGCCGUAUGUGGUUUCGCCGUGGCUGGAUAGUGCAGGAAUUCUUGCUUCCAAGAGAGAUCGUCUGUCUCAUGGGGGACCUGCAGUUUGGGUUGCAGGAUCUCGUGGAUCUAAACAAUGUGCCGGAGAACGCGGUGAAGGCGGCUGGGGGCUCGAUGAGUUACAAGACUUUGAUGCGACUCAAGAUCUACCCUUUCAAGGAGGCACAACCUCUUCAGUUUCUCCGCUUCAUGGCUAACUUAGCGCGAGAGUUUAUCACGAAAGAAUUGGGUGACCAAUUGUACGCGUUCUUAGGGUUGAUGGAGGGUCUGGACUUUGUACCUGAUUACAAUACCCCUGUGAAGAAGAACUUCACGCGUCUCGCUGUCGCCAUGGCAAGGGAUUUUGGCUCAUUGGAUUUCUUAUCCCUUUGGUCAGCAAGCCUGGAUGAUUUACUCGACAGCACGCCCAAAGAGCUAAAGGGAUUUCCCUCAUGGGUGCCCUCCUUCUCUGCCACGCCGCUGAGUGCUCCAUGGAGGUUGGCAGUUGGUGGCGCGAGAACAGCCAGGUAUGAAGUCGCGUGGAAUGCUUCGGCAGGACGUCCUCAUGUUUACGAGCAAACACUCGAAGCUGGACAAUUACUAGUCCGUGGCCAGAUCAUCGACGCUAUCGACAGCAUCAGCUCGGAAGCCAAAAUUACACGUUACUGGGACGUCGAUGAAGCUUACCUCACGAGCCUUGUCGAACAGAUAAAAAAGGAUCUUUCUGGUUUCGAUGACUGGACAUACUUUGAUCUCGUUCAGUUCCUCAACGUCGUAUCUUCAAACGGCACCGAGCCACAGGACGCCACCGAGAAACUCCUCGGCGUUGCACUUGAUAUGAUUUCCGACUUAAUGAGGAAUUCAUUAGCUCUAUGUCUCGUUAUGGGGACCGGACGACGCUUCGCGAGGACUGAGAAAGGUAGAGUAGGACUUGUGCCGUUCAUUGGGAGUCAGGCUCGGUCUGCGGAUCGAAGGGGCUCAGUGAUUGCUGUGCUUCAUGGGUGCAGUGUUCCUGUUGUUCUGCACCCCGUUGAGCAGUCCGUCGAUGGGAAAUUGUCCAAGUACAGGCUGGCGGGCGACUGCUACAUCGAAGGCGUCAUGCAUGGCAAAGCAGUAGAUUGGAAGGAGAGUGAGGCAAAGACGUUUGUGUUGGUGUAG